UGAAAUCUCCUAGACAGCGAGUUUUCCUAGUCACCCAAACUCCUAACUAUCCAAUUUCUCUCUCUCGAUUUGAAUUUAUCUGUUCGGUACCUGCACAAGUCAAAUCUAGUGGAUGACGAUGACACAGUGGACGCGCCAUGAAGAUAAGCUCCUCGAGCAGGCUAUUGUCUUGUUUCCAGAGUGUUGCCCCAACCGCUGGGAGAAGAUUGCCGACGCCGUCCCUGGCGCCACCGUCGAUUUGGUCUGGCAGCGCUAUCACGAUCUCCUACAUGACGUCGCUGAGAUUGAUGCCGGUCGGGUCCCGAUUCCGGCCUUCCCUGACUUUCCAUCUGAUGCUGAGCCCUCCUCCUCUGAUUGGAACUCUGCCAAUCAAAUUUCGUUCAACUCGAAGCCGCCUAAGAAUACUGACACCGAAAGAAAGAAGGGCACGCCUUGGACUGAGGAAGAACAUAGGUUAUUCCUCAGAGGAUUGGAGAAAUAUGGCAAGGGAGAUUGGAGAAGCAUUUCGAGGAAUGUUGUGGUAACUAGAACGCCAACUCAGGUAGCUAGCCAUGCUCAGAAGUAUUUUAAUCGCCAGAGGGAAAAAGCGAAGAAAGAGAGGAAAAGAGCAAGCAUCCAUGAUAUCACAACUGCAGACACCAACGUGGAGCCUCUGGAUCAAAACCAGAUUGGUUCUUCAAGCCUUCAAUCUCAGAUUGUCUCUUCAGGCCUUCCGGUGCAUCAGUCCUCACCAAUGCUUCAAUUUAACCCACAGAAUCCUUCAAUUGAUCAGUCUCUUGGGUUUGGGUACCCAAACUAUGCUUUUUCCAACUUAGAGAUAGAUGACAUGCACUAUUGAUAUAUAAAUGGCCUCAUCCAUCCUAUUUUGUAAGUUUUUGGAGUAGUUGUGUGUAGUUACAAGUGUAUAGAUGACUUGGUACAUCAGUUUGAAUUAGCCACCAGAACCCCAAGGACUUAACAAAUACGAUGAAUGAAGUCAUACAGAACGUGUAGAUGAUAUGAUAUUAGGCUUUUGAUUGACCAAAUCCCAAACUAUACAUUUCCAAUUACAUAGUCUGUAAAGUAACGUGUAUGUUUUGUAUAUAGACGACUUGAUUCAUUUUGCUUGUUAAGUCUCUUAGGGAGGAGAUUUGCCACUAGUUUAGCUCUUUUUUGUGUUCUGUUCAGAUUAUUUUGUGGAUUCCUAGGCGACUGUUAGUAGUUGUGACAAAGAGUUUAGGGUUGAAUUAAGACGGUAAUUUUAUGUUAUUGGUCGGCGGAGAAUUUGGAAAGUAGAAAUAAUAAUUGAAAUUCUUUGUCACAGUGAUUUCCCAUGGUGAUCCACAUUGUUGACUGUUGUCUGAGUGCUUAAUAAUGAGGUGGCCAUUGGAUCUUAUC